AUGGACAGGAUUAAAGUUAUUGAUAAACCACAGCCAAUUAGGAUUAAGACAUGGACUCCUACAGAAAGCCCCGUCCUCUCACAGUGGGAAACAGAGAGGCUGGAAGCAGCUGUCAGUGAUGCAAUCAGCGCUGUGGCCAAAUUAAUCGCAGUACAGAGGGUCAGCAGGAAGCUGCUGCUGAACAGAGAUAUCAACAAAUUCUGCCGCUUUAUCUGGAGGAACCGCACCUCUACUAACUUCAACAAGUGUGGCAGAGCGAGUGAUAACUAUCAGACUGAGAGCUGUCUGGGUGUGACUAUCCCAGAUGACCACCUGAGUGGCUGUGUUGUCUACCCUCAUCCUGACGAACCAGACCUGAAGGUGAUAAAAGCAGAUGGGGCGGGACUUCCAGACACAGAUGUCCUACUUUAUGUGAAAGCUCAAAACUCUGAUAAAUGCAGAGCUGAUUCUAGCCUGCUGGCCUAUUCAGCUCAUUGUCAGAGCGACUCAGUGGGGCGACCGGUGGCUGGUGUUUUGGUCAUCUGCAGGGAGCCACUCAGCAUGGAGCGAUUCAGUCAUGAAUACAUGGUGCAGACCGUGAUCCAUGAGUUGUUUCAUGUGCUGGGUUUCAGUAAAGAACUCUUCAGCAAGUGGAAAGGCCGCUCCCUCUCAUCCCAGAUGGUCAUGGACUCCUCUCAUGGUCAGGUGAUUUACACUGAUGAGUCAGGACAGAUGAGGCUCUACACUCCUAAUGUGAAUAAAGCUCUACAAACACACCUCAACAGCACACACACUGAACUAGGAGCUCCAUUAGAAAAUCAGGAUGCUGAUUCUCAUGGUUUUUCCUCACACUGGGAGGCUCGGGUUCUACAGGGCUCCAUUAUGACAGCCAUGUUAGCAGAACCGACUUUGGUCCGGAUCGAUGUGAUCACUCUAUCUGCUUUCCAGGACACGGGCUGGUACUCGGUCAAUCUUAGCCAAGCCCAGACCUUGCUUUGGGGAGAGAAUGAAGGAACUUUCUUUGGGUCUGUUUCCACCUGUAAGCGUUCCUCAUCCUUCUUCUGUACUGGCAGUGGAUCUGGUUGUCAUUAUCUUCACCUCCACAAGGGGGUGUGCCAGAGUGAUGAUUAUCUGGAAGGCUGUAGAAUUUAUAAGCCUUUAGCCAAUGGUAGUGAAUGCUGGAAAGAAGAGAAUGAGACAGGAAGUGGACCAGAGGUGUGGACUGGAGAGAUUUUUCACUCAGACAGCCGUUGUUUUCUCUCAAACAUUAUCAGAGAGGAUAAUUUCUCCUUCAACGCCUCUUUAUCAGGCCGUUGUUACAGGCACAGGUGCACUGAAAGGAACAGGUACCAGAUUCAGGUGAUGGGUUCUGAUUGGCUGGACUGUCCACCUGGGAAGAGCAUCCAGGUGUUUGGAUAUCGGGGUGAAGUUUUCUGCCCUGACAAACGAUUAUGUCAUUACUAUGAUAUAGUUCCUCCCACUUUACUACACAAGCCCUUGCCCUCACUUCUGCUAGUCACUGCAGCCCCAACCAGGGAUCAGUCUCUCACUGGCCUGAGGUUUGACACCGCUUUUCCCUUUUCAGAGAUGAGAGUAAAGACAGUGGUGGGUGUCAGUGCUGUGCUCUUUUUCAUGGGCUUGCUCAAGACAGUCUAUAGGAAAUGUGGCCCAUCCAGGCUCCGAGUGCACGCCCUCGUACAUUCACCACUGCAGGUGUAGCUCAAUGCUUCUCAGAGAUCUGCUCCUUACACAGCUGUAAAUUUUCUAUUUUAUUCUGUAAAUAUCCAAGAUAUUUAAGUCCAAGAUUUAGUAAAUUAAGUGAUAUACAGUAGACAUUUUUGGACAAUCUCUU